AUGACCGGGCCCGCGAACAGCGCCGGCAAUCUUCGAGACUGUCCAGAGGGAGAAAUGAGCGACCAGCUCCCUUGGACAAAGAUAGAAGAUCCUGCUGAGCGGCGAAAGGUCCAGAACCGUCUGAACAAGCGAGCCUCCAGAGCUCGGAAGAACCUUCAGAAUUCCGACAGUCUGUCCGCUCCACAAGCCGAUGGCGACACUACCUCACCAUGGGAUCCUGUCUUGGCUGUUCUCCCACGAUCGGCGAACCGUGAUCUUCUAAAGGAAGGGCUCUCGGCUAACGGAGCCCGUGCCUUCUCCAGCACCUUAGCCUCUGGCUCGAUCCUGGAUCAAGCGAAAGUCCUCUCGCCGCUCAUGGAAAACCAACUGCUGCGUCAGAUUUGGUGGACAGGAGCCAACAUCCUGUGGCCAAGUCUCGAGGAAGGUGAAGGACCCCCAAACAAAGCCGUCCCAUCUUCCUGGGCCUGGUCCUAUACUCGCCAUGCGUUUGCCGAUCCGUUGUUGUUCAGCUCCCUCGCCCAGGCGACAGGAAAAGCCAUGUGUGUCAUGGGUCAUGCAAGUGACAGGCAACUCCAGCGCUCGAUCCUCGAAUACGAGACAAAGGCCCUACAGCACCUGAGGGAGGAGCUCGACUCAAUGGCGCCCACACCAAGAGAUGAAUUGCUGUUCGCUGUGCUCAUGAUAUUCCCUCGGCCAAGGAAGAAUAAUGUGGUCAGGGAGAAGGACCGCAUUGGAGCCUUUCGACCUUGUCUGAUGACACUCCAGCAUAUUAAUCAUGGCAGCACUGGGUGGUCAUAUGACACACCGCAUUGGGGAGCUCUGCAAAGGCUGAUGCAGGAAAAAGGCGGGCUAGACAAGGUUACCAUGACUGGGCUGGGGGAGUUCAUGCAGUUAAUCGACCUGUGGCAAGCUAGCGUGCAUCUGGACCGUCCAUCUUUUGGUCUUUGCCGUGUAUACCUGGAGUGCGAACAGGAGGUUCUCCCGCUCUUGCGCCUGUACGAGCAGGAGCAGGGCGAAGAAUUCGCAUUCCCAGCAGGCGCCAUAGGCCACGACUUGCUGGAUGUGAUAUGGGACAUCCGUAGCUAUCUCCGGUUGCUGCAUAUAUUGAGGACCGACACUGGCGCUAUCGAUGCGUCUUCGAAGCCACUGGCCCGAUAUCGAAAUGUCAUUCAACACCGACUCUUAUCGUUGAGGAAGAUCGAGUCCAACUCCACCCACGAGGCUUGUCGCAUGGGCGUCUCGAUCUUUGCUUACGGUGUUACCUUUCCCUUCCAGGAUAUGGCACCCAUGGUCCACUAUGCAGGAACCCUGCGCCAGUUGUUGGUAGGCAUGAAAAUGCUCCAACUUGCGAAUGAGUUCCGUUUGUGGCUGUUGAUGAUGGGCGCCAUGGCCAUGUAUGACACAGAAGCCGUCCAUUGGUAUGUCCAAGAGAUCAGAACGUUGGCAUCGGAGAUGGCGGUCAGGACGUGGCCUGAGCUGAAGGGAAUAAUGCGACAGUUCCUGUGGUUUGAACCCAGCUGCAACGAAGGCGCUCUGGAAGUUUGGGUGCUGUGCCUAACAGGAGACUGA